GGAUUAUAUAGAGACCUGAGUGAAAACAACACAGGGAAUUUCUCACAAUAAUAAUGACUUCAGCACAUAAAGUAUCUGAUCUGAGGAUCAUUCUAUUGGGUAAGACUGGAGCUGGAAAAAGUGCCACAGGGAACACCAUCCUGGGCAGAGACGCAUUUGAAGAGACCAAUAUAAUGUGUGAGAAACAGAAAGGAGUGGUGGGUGGAAAGACCAUCGCUGUAGUUGACACUCCGGGACUAUUUAAUACAUCUAUUACUGAAGAUCAGUUGAAGGCUGAAAUUGAGAACUGUAUUGUGAUGUCUGCUCCUGGUCCACAUGUGUUUCUGCUGGUGAUCAAACUGGGAGUGAGAUUCACAAAAGAAGAGAGGGACACAGUGAAAUGGAUUCAAGAGAACUUUGGAGAAGAGGCUUUGGGGCGUACCAUCAUUCUGUUCACUCAUACUGAUCUGCUAAAGGGUUACUCUUUAGAUGAGUACAUCAGGAAAAGCAACUAUUUACCAGAAAUAGUUGAUAGUUGUGGUGGCAGAUAUCACUCAUUCAACAAUGAGGACAAAAGCAAUAAAGGUCAGGUCUCAGAUCUGUUGCAAAAGAUAAAAAAAUUGAUAGGGGAAAAUGGAAUGAGGAAUUACACUCAUGAGAUGUUUAAAACAACUCAACAGAACAGAAACACAACAGAAAUUACAUGGAAGGACAGAAUGAAGCUUCCAAAAGUUCCAAUUGGUUUGUGCUUAAUUGUAUUAAUAGGAUGUUUAUUACUAGGAACACACUAUCUGAAAAAGGAGCAAGAACAGAAGCAGAAACUGAAAACGGAGCUCCGAAUUAAUAAACAAGAGCAGCAGCAGCUGAAACAUAAGCUCACAAAGAAGGAACAGGAAAAUCAGAAGCUGACAAAUUAUUUACAAGAGAAAGAACAGAAGGGGCAGCAGCUGACAAAUGAGCAGAUACAAAAGAAACAGGAGGAAAAGGAGCUGCAAAAUGACAUCAUACAGAAGGAACAGGAGGAGCAGCAGCUGAAAAAUGACAUCAUUCAGAAGGAACAGGAGGAGCAGCACCUGAAAAAUGACAUCAUUCAGAAGGAACAGGAGGAGAAGGAGCUGCAAAAUGACAUCAAACAGAAGGAACAGGAGGAGAAGGAGCUGCAAGAUGACAUCAAACAGAAGGAACAGGAGGAGAAGGAGCUGCAAGAUGACAUCAAACAGAAGGAACAGGAGGAGCAGCAGCUGAAAAAUGACAUCAUACAGAGGGAACAGGAGGAGCAGCUGAAAAAUGACAUCAUACAGAGGGAACAGGAGGAGCAGCUGAAAAAUGACAUCAUACAGAGGGAACAGGAGGAGCAGCAGCUGAAAAAUGAGCUCCUACAGAAGGGAGAGGAGAAGCAGCAGCUGAAAAAUGAGCUCCUACAGAAGGAAGAGGAGAAGCAGAAGCUGAAAAAGAAGCUCUUACAGAAGGAAGAGGAGAAGCAGAAGCUGAAAAAGAAGCUCCUACAGAAGGAAGAGGAGAAGCAAAUGCUGAAAAAUGAGCUCCUACAGAAGGAAGAGGUGAAGCAUAAGCUGAAAAAGAAGCACCUACAAAAGGAACAGGAGGAGCAGCAGCUGAAAAAGGAGCUUCUACAGAAGGAACUGGAGGAGAAGCAGCUGAAAAAGGAGCUCCAACAGAAGGAACUGGAGGAGAAGCAGCUGAAAAAGGAGCUCCAACAGAAGGAACUGGAGGAGAAGCAGCUGGAAAAGGAGCUCCUACAUUAUGAGAAGGAGCAACAGGUGAAGCAGCAAUAGCAUCAACAUCAGCAGCAAGAGCAUUAGCAGCAGCGGGGAAAGUGACCACACCAGAAAGAGUAGCAGCAGUAGCUGCAUUAGCAGUUGUAGGAGGAGGAGCAUCAGUAACAUUGAUAUUAGAACUGAUAUAAUAAGUGAAACUGUAGUUUACUGCAUAUUUACAACUUUAGAUUUUCAGAUUGGAUUUAAACAUUUACUUGAUACAUAUAAUUUUACUGCCCAAUGUCGUUAUAAACAUUGUGAAAUGACACUCUUCUCUUUAUUAGAAUGUAGUUUAGGUAUGUCAUGAUUUGGGAAUUAUUGUUUUAUUGUUUUUAUUUCAAUCAUUUCAAUAAAUAAUUAUUUAAACGACACUUAUACACAUAAUAAAAAUCAGUGCUUGAAUUUGAGUUCACAAGAACAUGAAACAGUCCUGGAACAUACAGUAUCAGCAAUGGUGUCAAUACAGUGGUGUAAAUUGUGCAUCUUUGAA